CGUAGAUCUUAGCACGCCUCUGGCCCCUGGGGCCGGCGAAUUACGCAGAGGGUUAUCACAUCUCCUGUCAAAGUACGGCUGGAGUCUGGGCAAUGGGAGCGGUAUGGCGAACAGAGUCUUCAGGAAUGGAUCGCGCACUGCAGGUCCAACGAUGCACCCGUCAAUUCGCCGAGCAGUGGGCGUUUGCUGAUUGAAGGCAGCAUUGAGCGAGACUUGGACUUUGGAAAGAAAGUCGAAAAAUACAUGGCUGAGUUUCGGCAGGGCGUCGUCGACCUGCCUCAUGAGUCAAAUCGUUUGAAUGCAAACAUGCAGCAGCUGGAAGACUUGGUCGCGAUGUUCGACACUGUUCAGCCAGUCGUGGCAAAAGUUUUGGACGGCUGGACGCCGCCUCACAUCAUUGUGGUGGGGCUGGAAAACAGUGGGAAAUCUACUUUGUUGGAGCGCUUGUUGAAGCUUCCAGUUUUUCCUCGUUCCCCCGACGUGUGUACUCGGAUGCCUAUUCGAGUACGGGUGCGCCGAGGAGGUUCGCAGGUUGCAGUUUUUCUUUCGGUUGUUAAGCGAGGAACAGGUGAAAAGAUCAAGGGCCCGAUCAGGUUAGCGCUGGGGUCCAGCGAGGACGGCGUGCGGCGCAUGAUGGACGAAUUUGCCGAUGUGGCGGGUAUUGAAUUGGAGGUCACUGUCACCUCCCCUGUCUUGCCACCUGUAAACAUGAUUGACUUACCGGGUCUUGUUCUACAUCCUCCUGAUGACCGCAAACGGACAGGGGCUCUCGUGCUUGAGUAUAUUCGUCACUACAAGGCGAACUCUGUGUUCUUGUUAGUCGGGCCCGCAUACAUACCACCGAAUCAGUCGGUGGCUUUCGCGAUGGUCAAGUACGAAGAUAUUGAAGAUCGUUGCAUUGGCGUUUUGACAAUGGUGGACAUGCUUAAUGAAAUUAGUCCAGCACUGAGCGCCCGCUUCGGUGGUACCGAUGCUGCAACGCUCACGCCUCAUGGUUUCAUAGGGACAGCAAAUCCACCUACCGAACUCCUGCCAGGCGAGUCACCAAUGGUACGGCUGUGCCACCAGGAGAAAAAUGAAAGGGCACAGCUUGAAAAAAUAGGGUUGCGUGGCCAUGGCGUAAGCGAAAUAUUAAAAACAAUUCGCGAUCUGUAUCGACAGAGCAUGGUUCGCGAUGUUGUCCCCAAAACGAUUGCAUGCUUGUUGGACCAGCGCCAAGCACUGAAGGUAAAGCAUGCAGAGUUGGGGUUACCAGUAGCAAGUGGUGAACUGACUGACGCGGCUAUUCAGUUUCUGUCUACCACAGUGCGCGACCGACUGUUCGUUUUGUCGGACAGAUUUCAUGAAGAGGCGAAGCGGCUGCAAUCAGCUCAGACGGAACUCCUCCAACAAAAUCUGAUGGAGCGCAUGCAGGAGCUGAGCUCAGCGACAGGAGACCAAUUUGGCGCUAGCGCUUUGUUGCUCAGUCUGUGUGAGAAGAGUGUAGACCAUCUGUCGAAUCUGUUGGACACAUGCUUGGACGACUUGCUGCGCGACAAUGAACUGCCUGUGAGGUUGCAGCGGUUUCCAGACGUACUGAGCGAGAUGAAACAGAAACUGAAAAUUACGGUCGAGUCUUCAGACGAAUUGCCUCGGUACAUCGAUUCCUUCCACUCUGGAGUUUUCCCGUUGUGCAGUGGCAGCAAUGUGUCUCCGUUCUCACUUCUUUCUCGUGAAGGUCUCACGCUGCUGGCAAAACACCUAGCACAUCUGACGCACGGCAGCCCGCUUCCCACUGCGCACUCCCGUGGCAAUGACGUAUCGGAAGUUGUGCGUCGUGAGUUGUUGGAGGAGACUUGCUACGCCCACCGCUCUGACCUCGAUGAGCAGCUCGCCCAACUUACGGAUGCCAUGCGCGCCAUGAUGAAAGUGUCGCUAGUAAGUGUCGACGACAUGUGCUCAGCUGUAGGAUUCGACACCUUUGAGCAGAAGGUAAGUGACGACUAUCACUUGGAGAAGAGGCGGGUAUCCAGCACUUGGAUCGACCAUUUCAGGACCAAUGCUUUCUACGCAGAGGUGAUAAACACCGAAUGGGCUUGGUACUGCACGCUGGAGCUGCCAUGCCGGCACGACAAGACCUACCGCGUCGAGGAGGGGCAGGGUCGACACUUCCUCAAGUAUGUCGAGGGGCAAAGUGCGGACGGGCAAAGAGCGGACCAGCAAGAGAAGCGCAGAGCUCGUGACGAGGAGUACCUGGACAGGGAGAAGCAGCUCAGGCGGCAGGCCUCAGUGGACCACGCCUGGAAGAACCUCGCGCGGACGAGCUUCGACGAGCACGAGCGCAGGGGCAAGGAGAAGGGCGCCCCGGGCCCAGUCAGGGGGAGCGGCCCCGCGGCCAGCAGCAGUGGCUACAGCAGAAAACAGGUCGAGUGGGAGGAGCGGCUGGAGCGGCACCGCCAGAAGAGUGUGGAGACACUGGACGAGCAGCCCUUUCCCUUUGUGACAGAGAUUACGCUGAUUGAGCAGGCAAUCGGAUUCUGCAAGAGCCUAGCGGCCUCGAGGGAGGUGGGAAAGGGGGAGGAAGCGAAGGACAUCGAGCACAAAAACAUGGCUGGCUUACAGGUCCUGCGGAAGAAAGACGACCGGGAUGAGUUCUGGUUCGAGCCCACGAAGGCCAAGAAGAGUAAGGGUUCCAAGCCGAAGGGCAAAGAGGGCACUGCCAAGCUGAUCAAGUAUCAUGCAGUAACGUUCAAGCUCUUUAACCAGCUUAAGCUCAACGCGCCGAUCACGCUCGAUGACAUACCGCCAACGCUGGAGAAGCUGGAGGCUGAAUUGGUAAAGUACGAGCACCUCGCGGCCCGCUUCCCAGAGCAGUAGGGCGCCUACCGUGGCCGCGCGCCCCGCUGGCUGUGGUGACCGUCGAGAGAUUGUUGCAUGCAAGGCGGCUCUGACUUGGACCACCUUCGGAAGGCUUCUAAGAGGUCAUGAUAUAGAUAUUUUCCAGUGGCUAGUUGCCACGUGCGGCAGUCAUCCCCAUACGCCUGAUAACCGGGGAACGAAUUGCGCUGGACCAAGUCCAGCGAGCACCCCUGCAGCGCGAUAGCUCGCAAUCAGAACCUCACCCCUCA